AUGGCUGCGGUUGGUACGGAAUGGGAGCGUAUCCCUUCAUAUUCAGAUCUAGCCCAGGGCGUCGUAGAAUUCUUGCAAAAAACUUACCAUGAAACUUUCACAGAAAAAAGAGAGCCCCUGCCUGUUGAACUCACGUGGCGUUACUAUAAUUUUACUAAUCAAGAUAUAUUAUUAGUGGUACUAUUAUCAAUUGCAUGGACAAUUUUACGUCAGUUCUGUACAGAAUGGAUUUUCAAGCCUUUAUCACAUUAUUAUGCUCUUACUCCGACAAACCAAAGGAAGAUGCCAGAAAGUGCCUGGAAGUUUGUUUAUUACCUUUGUGCCUGGAGUUACUCAUUCUACAUUGUAAUUCUCUCUGGUAAUUACGAGUUCUUCCAAAAGCCUAGUACAGUAUGGAGUGAUUGGAAUUUAAAUAAAUCUCCUUCAAUGGAUAUCUAUUUUAUGUACAUGGCUCAGUGUGGUUUUUAUUUGCACUCUCUUUAUGCCACCUUGUUCUUGGAUACAUGGAGAAAGGACUCUUUUGUAAUGAUGAUUCAUCAUGUGUUAACGCUUUCAUUGAUAUCAAUCUCAUAUUCUCUGAGAUAUCACAAUAUAGGUGCGCUUGUAUUACUUCUUCAUGAUAUUUGUGAUAUUUUGUUGGAGUUUACAAAAUUAAAUGUGUAUUUCAAAACACAAGGGAAUGUUCUGAAGAAAAAGCAUGAAAUGAUGGCCAAUGUUUCUUUCUUUUGUUUUACCAUUACAUGGUUUGUGACUCGUCUUUAUUGGUACCCAUUGCGUGUGCUGUUUGCUGCAACGUCUGAUGUACAAAGAAUGAAUCUUGUCCUCCCAUGUGCUUUGCUUAUGAAUACUUUAUUAUGGAUUCUACAGAUUUUGAACAUUUAUUGGUUUUUGUUCAUUGUGCAGUUCCUGUAUCGAGUAGCUACUGGUCAAGUACAUGAAGUUGAUGAUACUAGGGAAUAUGAUGUGGAAGAAAAAUUAUUUAAACAAACAUGUAAAAAUAGUGUGCAAAAUGGAAAUGCUAAAAGUAAUGGAACUUGUGAAAAUGACAUGCACUUAAAUGGAGACGUAAGCACUGUAAAAAAGAGAGUGAAAAAAGAUAGUUAAAGGGUGAAAAUUCAGCAAAAAAGAUAUAACCUUACAUUAUUAUUUAAAUUGUAUUAACAAAACACAACACCCACUUCUCAUUUACAACUGAAUCUUAGUUACAUCAAUGUAACAAGGAAGGCUUUAAAAAUGUAUUUCAUAACUUCAGGUUAUUUUCACUUUACUAAUUGUAAUAUUGUGUUGAACAAUAUCUUAUACUUACUGUAUUAAUAUUCAAUCCACUAACUCAUAAGCAUAUAAUUUGUAAUAGUGUAGAUUUUGUAUUUAUGGUGGAUCUAGUAAAAGAGAAUAUCGGUUAUUUCACCUCUUUAUAAUUACACAAAAGCUACUAGUAAGGCCUUUAAAUUCCCAAUUGGUCAUCUUCAUUUUUUUUAGAGUUGUUGAGGUGAAGGAUAUGUAUAUAUAUGUAUAUGUAAUUAUAUAUAGUGCUUUAGUUUUUGGGAAAGCCAACCCCAUAAUUUGAUGAUAUAGUGAAAUUUUUCAAUGUUUCUUUUUGAUUGAAUUUGAAUUAUAGGAUCAUAGUAAUAUAUUUCAAAAAUAAACUUCAGAUUUUAAUUUUUUGUCAGUCAUAAUAAUUUUAAUCAGAACCAAACAAUUAUAUAUUCAUAAGUAUUCCAUCUACAACCAGCAGUUAAAUCUCAAGGCCAUGGCAGUAACCUCUGAUCAACUGGAAAACCAUUACAGUGACAAGUCCCAUUUUCUGCUUCAAUGUGUUUGAUCUAUUCAAUAUAUUAUUUUGCUAUAAAGUAUGAAUGAAGUAUUGGUGGAAAAUGUUUUAUGAAGUGGUGUUUCUGCAAACCUUUUCCCCAACUAAAGCAAUGUAUGUAUGUAAAUAUAUGUAUAUAAAAAAUAAAUAUAUAUAGCUGGUAAAAUAUUUUCAACUGAAGUUUUUCUUCAAGUUCCCGGAUUUGUACUCAUCUUUGAAAACUGGGGGCAUUAACUGAGACCCGAAUACUGAUGUUUAGUAUUUUAAUUUUGUUUUCCUUGUCUUGCUUCUGCUUUUUCAAAAAGAUGCAAUGUUCACCUUCUGACCACUACAUAUUCAUUUUUCUUACAUGCAUGAUCCAUUCUUUGGCAAAACUGAUUGCUUUAACUUUUCAAAAAUUUGCAAACUUUAGCCAUAAAAAUUCUUUUUAUUAACCCAUAUUAUGAUUCUAAAAUUAAGUUCUUGGUAAUUUAGUUUUCAGCUAUAUGACAAAAAUUUUAUGAAUGCUUGAUUACGCUUUGAAAAAAGUUAUUUUGUUGCAGUUCUGGGUUUUGUGAACUUUUUGAAAAUUUUAAAACUGAACGAUCAAGGUGUACUAAUAUACAUUACAUUUGUAUUCCUUCUGAAGUGUGUAUCUAGAUCCACCAUUGUUUGGUGCAAAAUUGACUUUUUUUUUUUUUGUACUUUGACCGAAACUUAAAUGUUUAAUGUAAUGUAAGCGAUAAGCAUAUGGAAUAUUUGAAACGAAUUUUUGUUUUGUAUUUGUUCUGUUAUUUCUUUUUCAUUGUGUUUUUGAAAGUAUUUUUAUUUUAAAUAAGCAAAGGAACAACGGUAGUGCUUGUUAUCAUCCAGAUUGUGUCUGGUUGUACAAUGAGUUUAAUCUUUUUUUUUUUUUUCCAGUUUAUUGAGACAGGCAGCAACAAGAUAAAUGUGCCUAUUUAUAUUAAGUGUUCAUGUAUUUCAUGUGUUUUUGGUGGUUUUAAUGUACAAACUUCUUUUAUGAAUUCAUUUGCCUAGCUCAAAAGGUAUUGUUUCUAAGUGACAUUCAUAAAUAAUACUUCUUUUAUGAACAAGUCAGCAUUUUCUCUUGUAAAUUAGUUUUUAAAAUUAAGAUUGUGUAAUGUAUUUUUUACAAUGCCUUUUUGGAAGUUAUGUAAUGUUCAAAAUUAGUUUUCAAAUAUUUUCAAGUUUCUGCUAGAAGCUAAUAUAGUUAUUUUAAGGUUGAUAUCUGUUAUGUUUGUUUACUUCAAAGAACUUAAUUUGACAUAUUUGGUUUUGAUGGUGAUUCAGACUAAGGCAGUACCGUCGCUGUUAUUAUUAUAAUGCACGUUAUGAGUAAAUCAUGUUGGAAACAAAUACACAUAACAAUGUAUAAAAUGUAAGUAAAAGCUCUUUGCUUCCAUUUUAUGCAAGACAUGUUUAUGUAUGUUUUCUGAACCCUUUGAACUACAGUUUAGGUUCGAAGAUAUGUGGAAAACUUUCAAACUUGCAAUAUACAUUUUUUGAAAGAUUUCUAAGCUGUCUUUAUCAUUAAUGGGUUUUAGCUCUAAAAAUAUUGGAUUUCGUGAUUGCAUAUCAUUGUCCUUUCUCAUACGAAAUUUUAACAUUGACAUUAAUUUCAUUGUAAAAAAAACCAAUACUAAAAGGAAAUUUUGUAGUUUUUAAAAAUAUGAACCGUUAUUUAGUAGGAUUUGAAAACACUUUUUGUAUAAAUGUUGUACAGAAUGUGGUUGUGAAAGUUCUCUAACUAUUUUUGAACUAUAGUUGAAAUUCAAAAGUAUUUAGGAAACUUUCAGAAACGUACUGUACAUUUGUUAAAUGAAUCAUUUCAAGUUUUGUGCUUUGAAAAAUAAUUUUCUGUAACUGGUUUUAGCGCUAAAAGUAGUGGAUUUCAUAAUUGCAUUACUUUUUUUUUCUCUUGUAAUUUUUAUUUUUGAAAUAAAUUGUACUGUACGAAGAGCUUCUACUGCGAGUAAUUGUGUAGUUUUGAAUAUUAUUAAGGGUGCUCUUCACUGAGAGUCUGAAAGAUUCGGAUCUAAUGUUAACCUACGAGGAAAGUUGGAGCUUGUUUUACAAAUUCCUGUGAAGUUUUCGGAUCAAUUUUUUUUUCUGAGUAUUUUUCAAGACUAUGUCUGUGUAUUUUAGUUUUUACUUUUUUGAUGCGUCCAUUCUCCGGUUUUUUAAAAUUCGAGAAAAAAUGAAUUUCUUCGAAAACGAGGUUACUGUUGGACAUUUCGCUCUGUAAAACAUCUGGAACUCGUGCUAUCGAAAUUUUAAGAACGCCAUAACAUGCAAAAUAUUUCCAGCUCUCUUUUGAGAUCUUGUUUGAAAUAAUGCAACCAUUUUGUAAACAAAUAUCGGGUUCUAACUAUUGAAGAAAAUUUCAAAAUACGUUCACUUUUUGCAUUCGCUCCGCCCCUCAUAGUAAAGAGGGUUGAGAGCUAAUGGGGUGUAAGAUUUAUUACCCUCUCAUUAGUUCCCCUCAAUGACCUUCGCUGGACGUUCUCCUUUUUUUUCCUGAGGCUUUCUUGAAGAAUCAAGUGCUUUUGAAAGUGAUUUCAUGUAGAUGCGUGCUAUUAGCUGUUAAAUUAGCAACAUCUGCUUUUUUUUUUUUUCAAAUUUGUGGUUUGAAAAGAAAUAGAUUGGAAAGGGAUAUUUCUGAGUCAAAUUGUUUAUUAACAAUAUAAUGAACAUUGUUACAAUGCUGUCGAAUGCGAAAAGUUGACAUUUUCCCCUUCCAGUAGAAAAAUAUUUUUAUAUAUGGAUUAAAUCGUAUUCCAGAUUCCAGAUACUAGAUAUUUUGCAUCGUUUUACAUGUGUUUUAUGUUGCUACAAAUGUACACACAUAAAGUGCUUUCCACAGCUCAACAAACGUUUUUGAAAAUUAUUUGUGUCUUUAAGAGCCAGACUCGUCAAAUUUCUUUAGAAGGUAGAUACACAUUGAACAUGUAAUUCAUAAUAUACAGUAAAAUUCAUCGAAUUUCAGAAUCGGGACUAGAAAUUUAUUUGGUUGAAACAAGUAUUUCGUUGCCUUAGUAUACGUUGUAAUAGGUUUUUACUGUAUUUCUCUUUAGAAAACUUCCUAAGGAAGAAAACGAUGCAUAAUUUGACCCCAAAGAGAAUCAUGAAACGUUUCUUAUGGGGUCGCAAUAUUACUCCUUAUUUUAAGACAUGUACGAUAUUACACAGUUUUUAAAACAUUACGUGAGAAACAAAAUAGCAAAAUUUUUUUAUUUUCCAGUGCAGCAAUGCGAAUUGUAGCUAAUUUUAUUUUUAUUAAAGAAUAUUUCCUAGCUUACAUUUUGUGUCAUAAUUCCUGCGUUUUACCUCAAGUUUUUAUUUAUUGCCGGAAACAAUGAAAAAAAAAAUAAGUUAAAAUACUUAUUUUUAAUUAACUGUUUUGGAAAUAGCUUAAAUAUAUCGAUAUUGUGAUUAACUGCAAGUUUUGAGUGUUUAAAUCAAAAAAUCAUGUACUUGUGUUAUUCCAUACUUUUUCAGAGCGAAUCAAGCUUGUACAGAUAGUCUUUACAAUUAAAAAAAACAUGUUUUAUAUUUUUUUAAGUACGUUUGCUUAAAUAUUAUUUCACCAACAGCGCUAUCAUUUUCGGAAAACAACUAAAAUUCAGGACAAUAUUUAUUCUUCCAGAAAAAAAUAAGUUUUUUUUUUUGAGCAAUUGCGAAUGCUUAUUAUCUUUACUUGACCAAAGCUGAUGUUGCUCUGAUUUUUCAGAUUGUCAUGAUGACAAGAAUAACUCUAGCUCAUUGUUUAAAUAUUUACUAAGAAGUCAAAUUUUCGUCGCCAUGGUUACUAAUUGUUUGUGUUCAUUCAAGGUUUAACUUAAGUAAAUUUUACUUUUAAAAGGGCAGGGGGGUGUAAAGUUACAUUUCAGGAAAAAAAAAAA